UCGGUUUCUCGUUUCACGCGUCUGCAUCGGAUAAUUGGUUUUUGCUUGCUCGGCUGGUAUCGCUUGCGGUGAAUCGCAUGAAUAUACGCGCGUUGGUAGAAAAUCUCGGAGUUUCUCUCUCCGGCAAUAUUCGGUUGCGACUUGGUGCGUUAUAUGUAAAAUAAUACAGAAUUUCCAAGACAAAAAGAAAUCUCCAAGUUGUACCGCAACUGGCUGCCUAUGCCUUUAGUAGCUGAUACAUCGUAGCCUGCAUAAAAGUAGUGUUUCUAUACUGUGCCUCUAUCCUGACUCUAUAGAUGUUUAAGCCUGAAGUCACGGGUAUCUCUCGCAGUGGCCGAGUAAGGAAGAAAUCUUCUAAGCUCGUUGACUUUGAGUCUCCUGAUGAUCUCACGGAAAAUAAACUCAAACGACAGAAGGCGCAACAGUUACAAACUCAGCAACUCUUGGAUCAGUAUGAAGUACAACAACAGCAGCAACAACAAAUAUUGCCCACCCAAUCUAGCCAGUCCCACCAAAUUGUUGGGCGACAAAGAAAAAAUUCAGGCUCCAAUCAUGUGCAACAAAGGAUCAAGGUGGAAUCCCUGUCUGAUAAUGAGAUACAAUCAUCGGGUUCAGAAUCUGACGAUCCCUCUGGGAUAAAUGAGGAUGAGAGAUACAGCAUGGACUCUGGAAGUGACAAUGAAGUAGAUCCCCUUAUGAUAGAUGAUAGAGAAACGGGAUUUAGAAAACUAGAGCCACCAUCAGGUCAGGAAACACCAUCGCAAGCAAAUAGUUUAUACAUGCUUGAAAAAUGUAAGAAAAAGUUGAUUAUUAAGGAUGGGAAAAUUAUAGGAAAAACGAAGGCACAGCGUAAAGACAAAGGGAAGACGAGAUUUACCGCUUACAUGCUAUGGGCAAAGAAAAUUAGACAAGAACUGUUAGAGCAAUCUCCUUAUAUGGAUUUUGCGGCAAUUUCUAAGCGAUUAGGAGAGCUGUGGGCUACAGUACCACAUCUGGAAAAAUAUAAUUGGCGCAGACGCGCAAAACGCCUAGCAGCAAAACCUCAUACUUUACCAGCGAGUAAAGAUGAGCCUAUCUGGAAAAUGCCACCACCCGCCUCGCGAAAAAAAUUCAUUAAUAAAAUUGGUAAUGGGAAAGAAACGAAGACUACUACCAAAAAAACUAUCCAACUCGGUGUGCCGUCUGUUGUCGGGAAUAUUCCAAUCUCACCGCCGUCAAAUCGCACCGGUAAAGAUCUGGUCAAUGAACCGGUAAUAGGUACGGGAAUGUACAAGGUGAUUGGAACACAGCCGAUUGAUGUUGCGGCUCAUCUCAAACUGCUUGGCGAAAGCUUAACGAUCAUUGGGGAACGUUUGAAGGAGCACGAUGGACAAAUAGCUGUCUCUGGCAGUCUUUCGGUUCUAUUGGAUUCAUUGCUCUGUGCCUUAGGUCCAUUAAUUUGUUUAACGCAACAAUUGCCAGAAACUAACGGAGCUAAACCAGAGACACUUUCCUCGAUGCUCGAUAACAUCGCUUAUCUUAUGCCUGGUCUAUAAUACAUGUACAAAAUAUUUAAAGAAUAACCAUUAUCAGUAAUUGUGUAAAUAUGUGUAUCAAGUUAGAUAAAAAUGAGUAGGUUGAGCAUGAAAACAAAAAUGGAGAUAUAUGUCAUUUAUUUGCUAAAAGUUUGAAUUUUUGACACAGAUUGUCGUAUUUUCUUAUCUACAGAUAUAAAAAAAUAGCACAUUAUGUUUUAUAUAAAUAAUAUAUCAUUUGCAGGUGUAAAAUAGCAUUGUGUUUUCUAUAUAAAUAAUAUAUUGUAUAAAAAUUAUAAUAAAUAUGUAAAUAUACAAUUUCAAGUAGGAAGUGGGCUAAUAAGAACUAAACACAAUAAGUAGAUGCAACUAAAUUAUGUAAAAAUCUUUAAUUUCACUGAAUGUUCCAAAUGAUAAAUUCAUGUAAAUCUAUCAGUUCCAGCUAUUAAGAGAUAACGAAAUUAAUCCGAAUUUCAUCUUUUACUAAAGACGAAAGCUGGUGAUAAUGAAAACUGAAGGUCAAGACACAUGAAUUUGUUAAAGAUGAUUCAAAGGAUCGAAACGUGUAUUGGAAUUAAAGAUUUUUACAUAGUUUAGUUGUGUGCCUCCUUAUUGCGCGUGACUCUUAUUAGCCAUUUUCUACUUGAAUUUUUAUAUUGAAUAUAUAAAAA